AUGAGUAUAUUAACAAUAAUUCUAGCUAUAACAAUACUUGUUUUAUCUAUUCUUACUGCACAACGAACAACAAUAAAUAAUCGUCAAAAUUAUGCACCAGAAAAAUCUAUCAUUAUUAAAGAUUUUUAUUUUCUUAUAUCUAUUUGUAUUAGUGGUUCAAUAUCAACUAUAUUUAUAUCUAUAUAUGGUAUAAAUGCUGUUUAUUCCGAAUCAAAAAUAUAUCUUUUUAAUCAUUGUUUACUUCUUUUACUUAUUCAUACUUGUUCAUUACUUAUUGCAUCAGCUAUAUAUUUUGAUGAAAGACAAAUCGGUGCACCAGCAUCCUUAUUUUUUAAAGCUCAUUAUAAUUAUGCACUUUUAACUUAUUCAACUCAGCCAUUUCAUAAUACAUCAUUAUCUUCAAACGAUUUGUAUCAAUAUGGAAAGAAUUCGAAGAUAAUUAAUAUUACAUUUGAUAUAGUAUUAGAUCAUGUUCAUAAACGUCUUCAAUGUUGUGGUCUUAUGGGAUUAGGAGAUUUUGCUGAAUUACAUAUUCCUAUUCCACCAUCAUGUUUUAAUGAUAAUGGAAUAUCCUAUCAAUCUUCAUGUUUAUUUAAAUUUCGUUUAGAAUCAGUAGAUAAAGCACAAACAUUUGCUAUAUGUAUUUAUAUGAUGGGAAUUCUUACAUUAGUUUCAUUUAUAAUCGAUCUUAUUUUGUUUCGAGAAUUUUUACAAGAUCAAUUACUUGAACAUAUUAUUGAAAGAUUAAUAAAUUUCGAGAAUAUAACUCAAUCUCAACAGCAGCAACAUCAAUCAAUAAAACCUCAAGUUCAACAAUAUGUUAUUGAUUAUUUACUUGAAAGUACUUUAUAA